AUUGACGUGUCUCGGACGUAAACGUGCUCAGCCACUUCGCUUGCGACAUCUCCUCUGAGCGGACUGGCCGUCUGGUGAGGCGUCGGCUGCUCAGUGAAACACACAGGCAGAGGAGACCGGCAGGGUUUCCUCCGGCCAUUGGCAGAAAUCAGAGGAGUCAUUACUGGAUGCUCACAUCAUCUUGACGCAUUGGUUGUGGAUCCUCUCUGCCCCCAUCAUCAUCAUCAUCACCAUCAGCACCAUCACCAGCAGCAGCAGCAGCAUCAGCAGCAUCUCCUACCGAUGCUUGUUGGUGGAGUCAGCUGAAGGACACUCGCAUCACAUGAUCGAGGUGAAGAUCCGGGGAUGCCUUUAGGGCUGUGCACGCAGAAGCAGGAGGAGCAGCACCAGGCUGCAUUCCUCCACACAAGGCCCUCUGUUUUGGCGGCGCACAAAGCAAUGUGGAGGAAAUAAAGAUCCUGAUACGCUGAAAACCAGAGUGAGUCAGCAUGAACAACAGAACCAGGACGCUGAGAGUGAAGCAGCUCACCAGCCUCUAAAGAUCACCAAUGAACACAGCAAGACUCCAUUGUUUCCCAAUCUCCAGUCUUUUUGCUCAUAUUAUAGAGAAUGGGCUGUGUGCAAUGCAAGGAUAAGGAAGCAACCAAACUCACAGACGACCGUGAUACCAGCAUCUCCCAGGGACCAGGCCACCGCUAUGGGGCCGACCCCACACCGCAGCACUACCCCAGUUUCGGGGUCACCGCCAUCCCAAACUACAACAACUUCCAAGCCCCAGUUGUACAGGGGAUGGCCGUCUUCGGAGGGGUCUGCACUUCUUCUCAUACUGGAACACUGAGGACCCGCGGUGGGACGGGAGUCACCCUCUUUGUGGCACUUUACGACUACGAGGCGCGGACAGAAGAUGACCUUAGCUUCAGGAAAGGAGAAAGGUUCCAGAUUAUCAACAGCACCGAAGGGGACUGGUGGGAUGCUCGCUCGCUCACCACCGGGGGCAGUGGCUACAUUCCCAGUAAUUACGUGGCUCCAGUGGACUCCAUCCAGGCUGAGGACUGGUACUUUGGUAAACUGGGCCGUAAAGAUGCUGAGAGGCAGCUGCUGUCCACAGGCAACCCACGAGGCACCUAUCUCAUUCGAGAGAGUGAAACCACGAAGGGUGCCUUCUCCUUGUCCAUACGAGACUGGGACGAUGUGAAAGGUGACCAUGUCAAGCAUUAUAAGAUCCGCAAGCUGGACAGUGGCGGCUACUACAUCACCACCAGGGCUCAGUUUGACACAUUGCAGCAGCUCGUUCAGCACUACUCGGACCGAGCCGCUGGGCUCUGCUGUCGAUUGGUGGUUCCCUGUCACAAAGGGAUGCCCCGCCUUGCCGACCUGUCCGUCAAAACCAAAGACGUGUGGGAGAUCCCACGGGAGUCGCUGCAGCUAAUCAAGCGUCUUGGGAAUGGGCAGUUUGGGGAGGUCUGGAUGGGUACGUGGAACGGCACCACUAAGGUAGCUGUGAAGACUCUGAAGCCCGGCACCAUGUCCCCUGAGUCCUUCCUGGAAGAGGCGCAGAUCAUGAAGAAACUCCGGCAUGACAAGCUGGUGCAGCUCUACGCCGUGGUGUCGGAGGAGCCCAUUUACAUCGUCACAGAGUACAUGGGCCAAGGAAGCCUGCUGGAAUUCUUGAAGGAUGGAGAAGGACGAGGGUUGAAGCUGCCGAACCUGGUGGACAUGGCAGCACAGGUGGCAGCAGGCAUGGCCUACAUCGAGAGGAUGAACUACAUCCACCGAGACCUGCGCUCCGCCAACAUCCUGGUGGGAGACAAUCUGGUGUGCAAGAUCGCUGACUUUGGCCUGGCGAGGCUCAUUGAAGACAAUGAAUACACUGCUCGGCAAGGUGCAAAGUUCCCCAUCAAGUGGACCGCCCCAGAGGCUGCGCUGUACGGGAAGUUCACCAUCAAGUCAGACGUGUGGUCGUUUGGCAUCUUGCUCACGGAGCUGGUCACCAAGGGCCGGGUGCCUUACCCAGGGAUGAACAACCGUGAGGUGCUGGAGCAGGUGGAGCGGGGCUACAGGAUGCCGUGUCCCCAGGACUGCCCCAUUUCGCUGCACGAGCUGAUGCUGCAGUGCUGGAAGAAGGACGCUGAGGAGCGACCCACCUUUGAGUACCUGCAGGCCUUCUUGGAGGACUACUUCACAGCCACUGAGCCUCAGUACCAGCCCGGGGACAACCUCUAAGCCCCCUUCAAACCCUGUCUAUCCAGGGUUGGGUGGGGGGGAGGCAGCAUUUCAGAGCUGGGACCACAUUGGCCGAAUCAGUGCUGUUAAAAAAAACCUCUUGAUCCCUCCCAGCUAGACCUGUAUUUUAGGGAUCUGUACAGCUUCCUCAGCUCAACCCAGUAUUUCAGUUCCAAAACCAAGCCCCAGAAACACAACCCUAAGUCUCUGACACGCCCCCUAGUGUCUGAACUCUGCAACUGCGAUAAUUAGGGAAGCUGAGGGAUGGAGGACGGACAGAAACAACUGGCGUUGUGAUAAUGCAAUGACAUACCUGUAUUCAAUGUAAAUAAAAGGCUUGUUUUAGUUUAUUUGUUUGCUUCCGUUUUAAAGUUUUUAUUUUCUCCUGCACAAAAUAAUAAUAAUGAUGAAAAUAAUAAAGGCAAAGAAAGAUGAGCACCUGUUAAUCUGAACGUGUAUUAUACUAUAGUUCCUGUAUUAUUUUCUAGAGAUUGAAUUGGAAGCCUUAGUUUUUUUAUUUUUUCCCAUAUUGUAAAAAAAAAAAUCUCCAGAUAAUUGCUUUAUUCUUGACUUUUCAGUUAGAAAGUCUUGCUGAGGCUUCUUUGGACGAGUAUGAUGCAGUUCUCCAUCAGCCUUUGUUCUCUUUUCUUGCUCCGCUCCAAAGCUUCCUCAGAGCACCAGUUGUCAGACUGUUGCUGGAUGGAACAAGGUUCUUUUCCCAGUGAUAAACUGUAUGUCUCACUUUUGUAAAUUAAAGCCAGGCAUGCAAGGACUUUGAACAUAUCCCUCCUUGCUUUUAAUUUUGAGAAAAUGUGGGUGGAAUAUUUCUGUCUUGUUCCACUAAGAGUUGAGUUAUUUUAUUUUUUAUUAUUAUUUUUUCGGGAAGAAAGACAGGUUGAUCUAAUUCAAGAGUAUGUUCUCCUUUAUUUGAGCUGUCCCUCUGAGGCCUCUCCUCAUCAUCAAGGUUCUUAUUUUCGGGGAAUUUUGUGUGGACUGUGGUGUGCUGUCCUCGUUUCCUGCACAUCGUCUACUUGAGCCUGCAGGGCGCUGACCUACAGCUGAAUCCAGACACGUCAUCUCGAGUUAUGAGUUACGAGUUAUUCCUGCUUUUAUGUUUUACUGACAAGGUUUUAUUCCAUCAGUAUUCAAGUUGUUUAAAGAUUUUUACAGAUCAUGAUUUUGUUUAACCUUUUACGUGAUCCCUCAAUUUUUUUUCAGGGGAGCUAUAGGGCCAAUUCAUGCUGAAAUUCUGAAUACAAACUUAGAAUUUUAAAGUUUGAAUUCAAAUAGAAAACCACUGAGUUAAAAGUCAAUUUGAACCCAGCCCUGAUCUGGUCUUAAUGCAGAUUGUUUCAGGGCUAAUGAAAAAACAUUUUUUUCAGUUAUAUAGCUAAAUGUUUUUUAAGUGUCGCUAACUUCCCUUCUUUAUACCUUUUGUUUUGAUUUUUCUAACAUUACUUGUUUUGUUAAUUCAGUGAUGUGGCGUUUGAAAUUCAGAAAAGAACAAUAAACAUUUUACACUCUU